AUGAAGUCUAUUAUCUUGUUCUGUGUUCUGCUGCCUUUGAUUUACGGACAGGGGCUACAGGAGGACCCACCGGAAGAAUUUGAAUCACUUCGAGGAAAACGUUCGCCUCAAGCGCUGCAAGAGGACCCUCCAGAAGAACUAGAAUCGUAUAGGGGAAAACGUUCGCCGCAAGCGCUGCAAGAGGACCCUCCAGAAGAACUCGAAUCGCUUCGAGGAAAACGUUCGCCGCAAGGUCUCUUGGAUAAUACUGAAAUCAGAGUAAACCGCCUUCAAGAGGAUCCUCCAGAAGAACUUGAAUCGUCUCGUGGUAAACGUUCGCCUCAAGGUUUCAUGGACAACAACAAUAACGGCGUUGUUUUUGAUUUCGCGCUGCAAGAGGACCCUCCAGAAGAACUCGAAUCGCUUCGAGGAAAACGUUCGCCGCAACGCCUUCAAGAGGAUCCUCCAGAAGAACUCGAAUCGUCUCGUGGUAAACGUUCGCCUCAACGCCUUCAAGAGGAUCCUCCAGAAGAACUUGAAUCGUCUCGUGGUAAACGUUCGCCUCAAGGGCUACAAGAGAAUCCUCCGGAAGAAUUUGAAUCAGUUCGGGGAAAACGAUCGCCUCAAGGGCUGCAAGAGGAUCCUCCAGAAGAACUUGAGUCACUUCGGGUAAAACGUUCUCCUCAAGCGCUACAAGAAGACCCUCCAGAAGAAUUCGAAUCGUAUCGGGGAAAACGUUCGCCUCAAGCGCUGCAAGAGGACCCUCCAGAAGAACUUGAAUCGCUUCGGGGAAAACGAUCGCCGCAAGGUCUCUUGGAUAAUACUGAAAUCAGAGUAAACCGCCUGCAAGAGGACCCCCCUGAAGAAUUUGAAUCGUCUCGUGGUAAACGUUCGCCUCAAGUUGAACGUGCUGCUCCCCGUGUAUACACAAACGUGCUUUGGAAAUCAGCUUUCCCUGAAGUUGAUGUCGACGUAGUUGAUGUAGAAAACUGA